UACCUGAUCAAAGUCAACGAGAUUCGAACCAAGAAAGGCUCAGACUUGCUGCAGUCGCUGGCGGAGUACUACCAGGUUCAGGCAAAUUUUUUCCGCGACGGUCUGCGCACCAUCCAGCACUUCCACGACUUUGUGGAGGAGCUGCUCAAACAGCUGCAGAAGAUCCGACAGAGACAGGACGCGGAGAAACGACAGCUGGUGGAGCUGAGGGAGGCGUUGAAGAACUCCAUGACUUCUUAUAAAGAGACUAACAGAUUCUCUGGCUCAGGAUGGGCCCCGGUGAGUUCGAGUCCGGCUGGCUACAGCCUGCACCAGCUGAGCGGGGACAAGUCACACGGCUGUGAGAAGACGGGAUACCUGCUGAAGAAGUCGGAGGGUCGCAUGAGGCGGGUGUGGCAGAAGAGACGCUGCAUCAUCCGCGACGGGACUAUGUAUAUCAGUCACCACGACACAACAGAACCUAUCAUUUUCAAGCGGAUGAGACCAAAGAAAUGGAGGC